AUGGAAAAUACUACAAACGCGAGUAUUUCAGCGGACACAGGGCCCAACCAAGUCUUUCCUGCAGCAGUACGGUACUCCUACAUCGUCUACUACAUCAUCAUAUUUCUACUGGCCACCGUUGGAAAUAUCUUCGCAUUACUCACAUGUUAUAAGUCGUAUCGCGAAACAACUUCGGUUUUGCUCUGCUUUAUAGCCAGUCUUAGCUCUGCAGACCUUCUUUUUACCCUACUUACACCAAUCGACCUGGCCGCUUUUCUCGCCGGUGCUUGGGUGUCCGGCAAAGUGUUGUGUCCGGUGCAAAGUUUUCUUAUUGAGAGUAGCUAUACGGCAUCUAUUUUAACGCUCGCCGCAAUAAGUCACGAGAGACUUGUAGCAGUGUCGUCUCCACUUCUGGCUCGUUCGCAGAGAGUAAAUCAGAGGAAGUUCAUACCUCUCCUCAUUUGGGCUUUGUCUUUGGUCUUAUGUUCUCCCCUACUCUACGCUUACAGAAUAACAAGUGGCGAUGGCUCUCCACUCCAAUGUGUGAACACAGCUUGGGGAAAUAAAGGACGGCAGAUCUACUACUCUAUUCAAGGAGUGUCACUAUUUAUUGUACCAUUAUCUUACAUGAGCUGGGCGCAUUAUAAGAUUUUCAAGUCUCUAAAGAAACAUCAGUUAGCCCGUGCACGCCUCGCCUCCAAGACCCCGUCGCUGAAAGAGGGCUUUAACGAGAAAAAGAUAACCAAGAUGCUAGCGAUCGUGACGUUAAUUUUCGUCGCUUGUUACUUCCCGUUCUUGGCGGUUCGUUCGCUGCGUUAUUUUCACGUGUAUUCUGGGGACAUGGUUUGGCGGUGCGUUCAACUCAUGAUCUUCACACAAGCUGCUGUAAACCCCGUCAUUUAUUGCUUCUACAGCAAGCAGUUUCGGGGAGUGUUCAAGGAAUUGUUACGGUGCCGAUGGGCAGCAGUAAACCGCAAGAAAACUGAGCAGCCAUUAAGGUCGCGGUCACGUACCUCGUCUUCUGUAUUUCAGUCAGGCUCGGUCCACCUGAACGUUAUCUACGACCCCGAGAAAGUCAGUCGCGUGCCUAACGGACUUGUGGAAGGAGAUAGAGGUCCAUAGGAUGGGCAACUCUACCAAUAAACAUUAAAAAAAUAAUGUUAUUUAUAUAAACUUUCAAGCAAUUCUCAGCUGAUAACUUUUUAGCAAAAAUACAUGUUUAAACAUAUGAACAUUGUUGAGCUUUAAAAAAAAAUAGAUUUAAAUAUCGUCCCA